CCAGGCUACGGGCGAAGCUAGAUGCGGAGGAGGGGGGGCUCGCGCAGAGGGUUCACCGAAACAGGACAAAAUAAGGAAGAGUGAAUAGAUGGGACAGGUGAAAGCAGCCAGGCCUCCAGUGGUGAUGUCGAUACAAGGUCAAACGCUCAGCUCGUGUCUUUUGGCGUCGUGGUUGGAGCGCGCGCGGCCCAUUCGCCAAUCAGAAGCUCUGCCGUUCACCCAAUACAAUCACCCCGAUUCUAAGCAAAACGACAUCAGUUCAUCUCGACUCUUGGAGCUACCAAUCUUCCGAGAUAUCAUUGGGAAGUUUUAUCUCAUGCUCUCCGUAUUUCGGUCUAUUGGAUGGCGAGUUGGUUCGGGUGAGAUUCGGCUUGACGGUGUACCGGUGCGGUCUAGUCGAAAAUAUAUUUAUUGUAUACAUGUAGUUUAAUAUUAUCGUACACCUGUUUCUAUGCCUAUAGAUGAUAAAAAUUGUUUUUCUUCAUCUACAGAAUAGCAUAUCGCAGCAAAAAACAACCCAGCAAGCAAUCGGAUGAUUUGGUUCCGGUCGACUCCAGUAUACAACCAUCCGGUCGUCACACCACCUUUGUCGAUUGGUGGCGCUAUUCAAAUUUCGCAAUUCUACCAGACAUCGAGAAUUAUAUUAGCAGGAUUGAUAAUAUGUGCUUCGA